UUCGUCAUCGGUCCCAGCUCCCUACAGAGCUGCACGAGAUAGUGUGCCGCAGUGCAUGUGAACCAGUUGUGUGCAAAUGCUUGUGUUGCCAGCUGUGUGUAAUUACAAUUUGUGGUUGCUUUAACGAGUUUUUGCAGAGCCUACGUUUCCCGACAAACUUUCUGGAAUUUAAUCUGCUCAACUGUUUGGUUUAUCUUAGCCAGAUAAGUAUUUCAUAUCUCUUCAUUAUCAUUUCAUUAUCUCAUAGAUGUCUGCUGAAAACAGCGAAAUACGGGACUUGGCAGCUAGUCAAGCUUCCAUUUCCGAGACCAUUUUAUCUAGGCCUGUUAUGCCAGAACAUUCAAGGGGCACUUCUGAUCAACCCCUUAAUACUGAUCUACUUUUUGUUCUACAGAAAAUGAACGACACAAUCGUCUCAUCCAAUCAAUUACUUUCCAAGUUUGUCAAAAACUAUCCUAAACGUCGUUCAGAUCACAGGCCCUCAGACUCUGAUUUUGACUCUGAUUGUGGCGAGUUUGAAGAACCUCCCAGAAAACGAAAAUUACUUGCCACGGCCACUGUGUCUGUAGCGCCAAAUAGGCAACAAAAUAUUUCAGAUGUGCCUACCGAUAGUCCUGCACGCUCACCCGCCCCUUCUACAGCCGGGCAUUUGCAUGAGACUCGUCCUUCAGCAGACGAUGCAGUGAGUCUCUUUGGUGAGCAAGACAUUGACGAAGGAGUCAAUGACAUUGAAACCCUCAUCUCUCAAGAUGAAUUCUUAAAUGAGGUAGAGAAUGCUGUUGCUACAGCAAAACCAAAAGGUCCACCAAUUUCCGAACAUCUGGCAAAGAUUCUCAAUGACAAAUUUCAUAUUGAGCUUGAGGCCUCGCAGCGCAAAACUCUUCUCGAAAAGUAUUCAGUGCCAGAAAACUGCACGGGCCUAUAUCGCCCGCGAGUUAAUCACGAAAUCUGGAAUUGUUUGAGCGCCAAUUCUAAAGUAAUUGACAAAAACAUGAGUUUAUUGCAAGAUGCACUAUUGACAGCCUCGAGUGCUGUUGCCAUGUCCAUUGAGGACAUACUUAAGUAUCGCGAGACAAAAAAGGACCUUGAUUACCAGAGUAUGGUUUCUCGCCAGAUUGACAUUUUAACCCUUCUUGGUUAUGUCUGUAGUGAACUUUCAUAUCGUCGAAAAGAAAGUUUACGCCCCUCGAUCUCUCCUGAAUUUAAGGCGGCAUGCGGGCGUACCACCAAACCAACUACCUUAUUAUUUGGUGAUGACCUACCUAAAACUAUGCAGGAAGUUCGCACUACUAACCGUAUUCUUCAAAACUUUCCCUCAAAUCGCUAUACACGCCGAGGUGCAUACACCCGUUUCCAAGCUGACCGUAACAACAACAAUUCUUUUUUAUUGCAGCGGGGGAGGAAUCAAUUUCCUCCCCGCCGAAAUCCACCCUACUACCCACAAAAGAAAAGGUCUACAAAGAAUUGGAAAAUGUGAAAGAAAAGCUGCAUUCUCCUUGCCCUACAAAAAAUUCAACAAGAUCAAGCAACCGGAAUUCUUGUAACCCCAAACUGGCCUACUCAACCGUGGUUUCCCAUUCUCAAAAAGAUGCUGUGUGCCACACCUGUCCAUCUAAGACCAAGAAAAAACCUGUUGCGGUUACCAACAAUGCCUCAAUUACAACAUCCGCUUCUCCACAAACUGCAGUUAAUGGUUUGUUUAGUAUCCGGGAAGCCCUCUCAUUGCAGGGUUUCACGACCCCCUCUGUAGAUAUCAUUAUGGCUUCGUGGCGAGAUUCAACUCAAAAACAAUAUGCUACUCAUAUAAAACGCUGGGUUGACUUUUGUACUCGACAUGGCUGCAAUCCAGUUCAACCAAAUGUACAUAAUGCUGUGCUCUUUCUAACCUCGCUUUUUGAAUCCGGCCUCUCGUAUAGCUGUAUCAACACCGCUCGUAGUGCACUAAGUUCCAUAUUAAACUCUAGUAAUGAUGAAAUAUCUUUUGGAAACCUCCCGAUUGUCAGACGUUUUAUGCGAGGUGUCUUCCAAUUGCGCCCCACAUUUCCGAAGUAUAACUCUGUUUGGAGUGUCCAUACUGUGUUUGAUUUCAUUCGCUCUUGUCCGUGCGUGGAACAACUGACUCUUAAAGACCUUACUCUUCGAUUAACUUUUCUCCUAUGCUUGCUGAGUGGUCAAAGACGACAGACAAUUCAAGCCUUACGUAUUGAUGCAAUGGAAGUUACCACUUCUAGCUACGUCUUUUACAUUGUUCAUCUGUUAAAGCAUUCUCGUCCAGGCCAUCAUCAAAAACCACUUCGAUUUGAAAAGUACUGCGCUGAACCAAAGCUGUGUGUGUAUACCCACCUAGCAGAAUACCUUAAACGAACAGAAAAGCUACGUUCUGGAGUUCAUCAGUUGUUGAUAACUCAUACAAAACCGCAUCGCGCUGCUGCAGCUGACACAAUUGCACGUUGGAGUAAAGCAUUCCUUGCUCUUGCAGGAAUCGACACAACUAUGUAUAAAUGCCAUAGUAUUCGGGCCGCAUCCACGUCACAGGCUGUGCGUUCCAAUAGCAAUCAUUUGGCUGAUGUUCUGCAAGCUGCAGGGUGGUCAAACGAACACACUUUUCGCCGUUUCUAUAAUUUGCCUGCUGAAAAUAAUUUUAAUUUUGGAACAGCAUUAAUUUCCAGUUAAUAUGCUU